CACUACUUUAGGUUCAUAGUAUGACAUUCCGGUUGUACUACUACGCAUUGAUUUUUUUAUAGAAGCCUUCUGAAGAAUCUGAGUCGUCUUGGUCAACAAGGGUUGUAGUCCAAGCCAUGAUCGAAAUACUUACAAUGCAGAAUGCGCGAAAUGCUUACAAUGUAAGUGUUUCGUUCAUUCUUUUCUCUUGUAUGCAGGUACUCCACUUCUACCUCAAGAUCAAAAACAAAAUCUUCAACAUUUUUAUGAUGCUCUAUCAGGGACGAGAAGCCGCACGACGCGCAGGAGACGGCGUUGUGGAGCACGAAAAAACAAAAAGGCUGAUUCGUAUCCGGAAUUUGUUGGGAAGAACUAUUGUCAAAGAGAUCGAUACGCGGACAACUAAAACCGUCGCUGACCUAUGUAGUUGGGACAUUGUCGCUGAGUUCUUCGACGAAGACCAGUUGUUGCCGCCCGUGCACCGACUGCAGUGGAUUGUGGUGCGGCUGGUGGAUGAAGACGACAAAAAUGCCGAGAAGGAUGAUGAAGAAGCUGCUUCCGAAUUCUCCGAUGAUAACAUGUCCACCUGCAGCGGCAUCACAGGUACUAGAAGCAGGUCGGUUUCGAAUGAUGAUGCUGCCUCCGAAGUAGACGAGCAACAUCUGGACCAUGCGGGAGGACAAAACAACGGAACCGAGGACGGGGGAACGACUACACUCGUCGGGCAACAACAUCAAGCGAAAGAUCACGGGCCGCACCAGGACGAGCAAGGCUUCCUCCCCCCAACAGGGCGCAUCGCAGACCAUGAUUUAGACCACGUUGUGUUUCAGUUUGUCGUCGACAACAAAACACACGUUUUGGAACUGCAACGAAAAAGGACGACCGAAUCGGGCGAAUUUGAGGAGACGCGAAGGGCUUACUUCAAGCGCACGGCCAACCUGUUGAGUUCCUGCACCUUGUUAGAGGCCCGCAGCUUUCUCUACGACCAAAGCUACCUGGACCUCCUCGAGGCGUUCGAAGAGUACUACGGGAUGAAACAACCCACGAAAAACCGGAUUCGUUUUUUGUCGACGAAGGCAAAGUCCUUUGCGGGCCACGCCCCCUGGGCCCUGUUUUUCAUGACUCACGCGGAGAUGUUGGCGCGGAACCCAAACAUCGUCUUGCCUCGCCCGACUCCGGCUCCUCUGUUGGCCGACGCCGGGGACGACGACGCGGUGGCGGGACGGACGGGGCGACUCCACCACGGAGAAACGACUGCGGAUCCACGACCUGUGAUGUUGGGAGAAGUCGAAGACGACGUAGCAGGAGUUCGCCUUGCGCCGCACCAUCUGCGCCGGGCGAAAAAGCUUUUGGAUUUUUUUCCUACAUCGAAUUCGAAACUCCUCUUUUAUACCGGACAUAAUCAUAUCCUCUAUGCGAUCCUGGAGCUACCGGCGUCGGAAUUAGCGAAGCACAACAACGCCUGGGUAGAUCACAUGAAGCGGAAAAGCGAAAGCGAAACCCGCAGCUCCACCUUGUUGUCCACGUCGUCCUGCUGCUCCAAUCUACGUUUAUUUUCGGCCACCUCGCGCUGGGAAUGUGCACGCAGGGUAGUGGAGCUAUUUCUGGCAGAGUUCGCUCGGUGCAAAGUACUAGAUGAUGUAGUUUCUAAUUCUAAUACAACUACCACGACGCGACACCGAGACCUCCGCGUCGACGUCGAGCAAGACGGAAUAUUAAACGAGGAAGAGCAGCAGGUGCAGGAGCAACAACUGCAACUGGAAGAGCUUUCUGAUCCUGACUCAGAAGAUGAGGACGAGGCGUAUAACCUGCUCAGGUGUUACAAUCUCAAACGUUGCAAUAGAGUCUGGAAUUUGUGUUGCAAGAAGUGCAUCAUCUAGCCAACUCUCAUAGGAUUGCUCGUGACAAGUUCUGGAGUCCCAAUCCGAACUGCAAUCUGGCGAAAUUUGUAUUGCAGAAAGUGGAAGGAACGCUCUGCGAGUCUGUCUUGCUCAUCAUGCAAGACAAAUCCAAGAUUCUAUUCGUAACGUUUGAGAUUGUAACGUUUGAGCAGGUCAUAAGGCGGCACGGCGACGUACCAGGGACGAGAUGCUCCAGAAUGGGGAUAUUGUACGAGCCCCCGGUGCCGCGAGGAUAUUGUUCCGCAACGGCUUCUUGCCGGCGCCGCGGGAAGAACGCCUGGCGGCACUGCAGCUGCAACGCCGACGACAACGACGGGAUGAGAACAAUGUCCCCGCGAUUCUGAACAACGUGGACCACAACAUAUUAAUCGGGCCACCAGGGCGAGGGCCAGAAGAUCGAGAUCGCGACGAGCACAUUGCUGAUCUUUUGAGGGACCUGCCGGCUAGAAACGUUCUUUUGGGCGUAGUCCUUCCCUUCUGUUCUUUGCACGUGAACACGAACUUUUCUCCUGCUCGCGACUUUGCUCAUUUGGUUUUCUGGACCUUCCGGCGCGUGGAGGGAGUGCCAGGUCGCUUCUCCCGAACGACGGCACCGACUGGAUGCCUCAAGGCGCUGCUUUCCUGGAUGGAGGCGAAAGGCCUGACGGCUGUUUUUUUUCGAGAACUCGGCACUUGUAUUCUUCAGGCGAUCCGCCUUCCGGCGGCCCCGCACGACGACCUCCCGACGGCGCUGAAGAAUGAACACGGAUCUUCCCCUAGGAGGUCCACUUCUGCGCACAAAAUAAAUUCCAGCACCACAUCAAAUGAGCCAGCUUUAUUUCUGACCAAAAACGAUGUCGUGGCCGGUGCUCCUGCUGCUGUUUCGUCGACGUCGCAGACUGGAGCCGGUGGAACUUUUUCGGUCAGCACAGAAGAUGACAAGAACUACACUGCCGUAACGGAAGAAGAUUAUCGAAAGGCCAUUGAGCUUUUUGUCCUGCGUAUCACAAGAAAAAAGUGUUACAGUUACACAUUUGUUGGAGUUUCUGCAUCACAAAGUUGCUCGACAUGGCAAAAAAAAGCUGUGAUGCGCAGACUAUAAGGGAAAACACGAGUGAAAUCAGAUUGGCAAGCAUUUCCUGCAUGACAGAGCUUCUCUGUCUUGCUUGUCUCCCAUCAGAGUGUGUAACUGUAACACUUUUUUCCCACGAUACUGCGGUCCUUCUGUGCGGAAGCUCAGUUGUUGGCGUUUGCAGGUUUCUAUGAACUGCAAAAGCAUCGUCCUAGUAUAGAUUGCAAUACAAAUUAUCUCAGCAUUACAAAUUGAAUUUGUAAUGCGGAUUUACCUUAACAGCCUAGAUUUGUAAUGCAUAACUGCAAUUAGUACGAGUACGAUACUUUUGCACAGGAUAGCUUCAAAGCGAUCUCGUUCGUUACCGAGGCGGAGAAGAUCAUGGGGGAAGACGUCUGCUUCCGACCCGAGAUAAAGGAGGCCGUGGAGGUGAAGGAACUGAUGGACCCUUUGCUCGUCUUUCGAGGGAUCCUCCUUUCAGCCCAACAGAAAAUUGAGGCAGGAACAAGUGAGGAAACCGUGUUCCGGCGCGCUGGCGUCGAGGCUUUAAUCGAGAAGCUACAAUCCGGUGGUCUUGUCAAAGCAACUUGGGAAGACUUGGGGCAGCUCUUCUACGAUCCAAGCAAGUCUGCGGUGCCAAAGUACUUUCAGGUUUUAUUCGGCGAAAGUGAAGGAGCACGCCUCUAGCUAGUAAAUAGAAAAGACAUACACACUUUUUUUUAAAACUGCGUCGGAGUUCAAAAUUUGGAACCUCUGUAAACGACGGGGGAAACUGGAAAAGAUUUACCAGGAUGUCUACCUCAGCGAUUUUUUUUGCUGUUUUGUGCGUAGGGUAGUAUGAAUAGAUCUAGACUUCGAAAACAGAAAGAUUAAGAUAUCCCGACGAGAAGAAAUACGGAGCAUGAUGGGAUGCAUGUGGACGAGGCUCAUAUUGGAAGAACAUCAGCAAGCGGAGGUGCUGCAUGAAUUGCAUAAUCGGGGUGUUCGUGGCGUGAUCUUCACCGACAUGGCACAACCAAAAAACGAACACCGCUUCCGCUAGUAAUAGAAAUAGUGUUAUUUCU